AUGGUUUUCACUGACUCUAAGACCAAGCUUCAUACUCGAGUGCGCUCUGCGGUCCAUAAACUCAGACCCUCAAAGUCGAGUAUAAGUUUGUCGACCUCGUAUAAAGCUCAAAAUUCCGAGUCUUUCCUAGUACCACCAAUGCCACCACCAAUGCCACUCCCAGUUUUAACUCUUCCUGCAAGCAUAUCCCACCGACUCGCGGCGAGUACACUGUUUGAUGGUGUGAUCAGCGGUUUAAGUGGCUGUAACGAGGCCGGUAGCAUAAGCGGUAGCGAGGCGUCUCAAUCGAUUGAUGAAGUCAGUAAAAUCGCCGACCUACCAGCACUCAAUAAAAGGCUAGAGCGUGAAGGACUACUCGAUUCCCCCAUCAUUUUUGGUCCUGCUACGCUCGAGGCACGUGGUUCUGCUUCAGAUGUUCCAUCACCUGAAGCAUCAAGCUCAUUGAAACCUUCAGACGUCGAUAAAUUAACUCUCGACAUACUACGCUAUCACAACUUGGGCCCAUGCACUCCCGAGCUCGGGGGUAUCCCAGCAGCUGAGACUUCCGAGUGUAAAACGAUCAUCACAACCCCGGAAUCCAACAAAUAUCUGCCUAAAGGACCACCAGAAGUAGAUGAACUGAUCACUCCAACAAGCUCAACCAAGACUUCGAGCUCAAAGCCCUCUCCAGUGAAAACAAACGAGAUCUGGGUGACUCUUGAAAACCCGCACUAUUCAUCUAUCAAAGUGAAUAUCUCACCUCCUCGCCACUUCUUACGUCGAAAGGGUCCUAUACCAACCUCUCGAGCGCUGUCUUUAGGAAUCUUACAAUCUCUCAUACCCGCUCCAAUAGCUGAGAUGUCUACGAGUCCUAGAAGACGUAUAAAUGGUGACACAACUUCAGAAGCUGAACCUACCAGACAUCUAUUUUCCAGAGGUAGACCAGUGGCUGUAGAUACAGAGUUGGAGCUUAAGUUGGUGCAGACCACGAAGCCUUUGAGGAUUGCGCGUUGGAAGUGA